AUGCAUCGACCAGCCAUGGCUCAUCGUGCGUCCGUAUCAAUGGCAGUCAUUGAUUAUCCAUGGACUAAAACGAAAGAAGAUGUUGCCGCCUUUUAUAAUGUUGAAGAGACAAAAGGUCUCUCUGAAGAACGUGUUAAACGAGAUUUAGAAAGAUAUGGACCUAAUGAAUUACCAGCCGAAGAGGGCAAACCACUUUGGAAACUUGUCUUAGAACAAUUUGAUGAUCUUCUAGUCAAAAUUUUACUUGCUGCUGCUUGUAUAUCAUUCGUCUUAGCUUUAUUUGAAGAACAUAAAGAAGAAGACAGUCUUGUAGCAGCUUUUGUUGAGCCACUUGUUAUUCUUCUUAUUCUUAUUGCGAAUGCAGCUGUCGGUGUAUGGCAGGAACGAAAUGCAGAAAGUGCUAUUGAAGCAUUAAAAGAAUAUGAACCUGAAAUAGCUAAAGUUGUUCGACAAAAUCGACCAGGACAAAUUCAACGAAUUAAAGCUCGAGAACUUGUACCAGGUGAUAUUGUUGAAGUAGCUGUUGGAGAUAAAGUUCCAGCUGAUAUACGUAUAACAAUAAUUUAUUCAACAACACUUCGUGUUGAUCAAUCAUUAUUAACUGGUGAAAGUGUUUCAGUUAUUAAACAUACAGAUCCAGUACCUGAUCCACGUGCUGUUAAUCAAGAUAAAAAGAAUAUUCUUUUUUCUGGAACAAAUAUAGCAGCUGGUAAAUGUCGAGGUGUUGUUAUUGGAACUGGUUUAAAUACUGAAAUUGGUAAGAUUCGAUCAGAAAUGGCUGAAGCUGAAGAAGAAAAAACACCAUUACAACAAAAAUUAGAUGAAUUUGGCGAACAAUUAUCAAAAGUUAUUUCUGUUAUAUGUGUUGCUGUAUGGGCUAUUAAUAUUGGUCAUUUUAAUGAUCCUGUACAUGGUGGUUCAUGGUUACGUGGUGCUAUUUAUUAUUUUAAAAUUGCUGUUGCACUUGCUGUGGCUGCCAUUCCUGAAGGUUUACCAGCUGUUAUAACAACUUGUCUGGCAUUAGGAACACGUCGAAUGGCUAAGAAAAAUGCUAUUGUACGUUCAUUACCAUCAGUUGAAACACUUGGUUGUACAUCAGUUAUUUGUUCGGAUAAAACAGGAACAUUAACAACAAAUCAAAUGUCAGUUUGUCGAAUGUUUAUAUUCAAUAAAGCUGAAAGUAAUGAUAUACAAAUCGAUCAAUUUGAAAUAACUGGAUCAACUUAUGAACCAAAAGGUGAUAUAUUAUUCAAUGGAAUAAAAUUUAAUUGUUCAGAUCGUAGCGGAUUAGUUGAAUUAGCUGAAUGUGCUGCUUUAUGUAAUGAUUCAGCAUUAGAUUAUAAUGAAUCAAAGAAAAUUUUUGAAAAAGUUGGUGAAGCAACCGAAACAGCAUUAACUGUUCUUGUUGAAAAAAUGAAUGUUUUCAAUACAGAUAAAUCACGUUUAUCAUCACAAGAAAUGGCUAUGUCAUCAAAUACAAUAAUUCGUCAAAAAUAUCGUAAAGAAUUUACAUUAGAAUUUUCACGUGAUCGAAAAUCUAUGUCAACAUAUGUUGUUACUGCUGGCAGAAGUGCUACUAGUAAUCAACCAACAGCUAAAAUGUUUGUUAAAGGUGCUCCAGAAUCUGUUGUUGAACGUUGUUCACAUAUUCGAGUUGGAACACAAAAAGUUCCAAUGAAUGCACAGAUUAAACAAGAAAUAAUGAAAUUAGUUCAUCAAUAUGGAACAGGACGUGAUACAUUACGUUGUUUAGCAUUAGGAACUAUUGAUAAUCCAGUAAAACGAGAAGAUAUGGAUUUAGAAGAUGCACGAAAAUUUAUUACAUAUGAAAAUAAUAUAACAUUUGUUGGUGUUGUUGGUAUGCUUGAUCCACCACGUACAGAAGUUAUUGAUGCUAUUGAACGAUGUCGUGAUGCUGGUAUUCGUGUUAUUAUGAUAACUGGUGAUAAUAAGAAUACAGCUGAAGCUAUUUGUCGACGUAUUGGUAUUUUUAAAGAAUCACAAGAUACACGAGGUCAAGCAUUUAGUGGUCGAGAAUUUGAUGAUCUUUCAAUAGAAGAACAAUCUGAAGCUUGUCGUCAUGCUAAAAUGUUUGCUCGUGUUGAUCCAGCACAUAAAUCAAAAAUUGUUGAAUAUUUACAAUCACAUGGUGAAAUAACAGCUAUGACAGGUGAUGGUGUUAAUGAUGCACCUGCAUUAAAAAAAGCUGAAAUUGGUAUUGCUAUGGGUUCUGGUACAGCUGUUGCUAAGACAGCAGCUGAAAUGGUUUUAGCUGAUGAUAAUUUUUCUUCAAUUGUUGCUGCUGUUGAAGAAGGUCGAGCUAUUUAUAAUAAUAUGAAACAAUUUAUUCGUUAUUUAAUUUCAUCAAAUAUUGGAGAAGUUGUUUGUAUCUUUUUAACUGCUGCUCUUGGUUUUCCGGAAUCAUUGAUUCCUGUUCAAUUACUUUGGGUUAAUUUAGUAACUGAUGGUUUACCAGCAACAGCACUUGGUUUUAAUCCACCUGAUUUAGAUAUUAUGGAACGUCCACCACGUAAUCCAAAAGAAUCAUUAAUUACACCAUGGCUCUUCUUUCGUUAUAUGGCGGUUGGAACAUAUGUCGGAGCAGGUACUGUUGGUGCUUCAUGUUGGUGGUACGUUUCAUAUCACGAUGGACCAUUAUUAACAUGGUCACAGCUGACACAUCAUUUUCAAUGUCGUGGAGGUGGUAAAGAGUGGGAAGAUAUUGAUUGUGAUGUCUUCGAUGAUCCUCAUCCCAUGACAAUGGCUCUAUCAGUAUUGGUUACGGUUGAAAUGUUAAAUGCACUUAACAGUUUAUCUGAAAAUCAAUCUCUUCUUAAAAUGCCUCCUUGGUAUAAUAAAUAUCUUUUAUUUGCUAUUGCUUUAUCUAUGUCAUUACAUAUGAUGAUUCUCUAUAUACCAAUGUUUAAUACCGUAUUUCAAAUUUGUCCUUUAACAUUAGAAGAAUGGAUAGCUGUAUUAAAAAUAUCUUUUCCUGUUGUACUACUUGAUGAACUGUUGAAGUUAAUAGCACGACGUUAUGUUGAUGUAUCACCAAGAAAUAGUGAAAUAAAUGAACUUCAAGGCAAAUAG